ACAAUUUCCCAUCAUUGGGCAUGCGGAACUAUACCACUACUCCAAGGCCACUUAAGGUACCCUAGGGUAAGUAAUAGCGGAGAUGAACCCCCACCCCACGUCAUCAGCGGUUCACUGUCACUCUUCUCACUUGUUGACAAUCACAUCUCAACUGCCGCCUUUCCACAUCACCUUCACUGCCGGCCCGUCUCAGACCAGUCGAGAGACAUUCCUGAACUUAUCCAUCAACCAUCCAGUCAAAGUCCAAAGACAAUGUCCCAGCGAACCGCCCUUGUCACGGGCGCGACGGGCCUGCUGGGUCGCCAAGUGUACCAAGCUUUCUCCUUCCCCGGAUCCAAGUGGACAGUCAAGGGGACCGGUCACUCGCGCGCAGACGGCGUGGACAUCCUCAAGUGCGAUCUGAGCUCGGAAGAGGAGAUCAGCGCGCUGCUGUCCAAAGUCAAACCCGACGUGAUCGUUCACUGUGCCGCCCAGCGCUUCCCAGAUAAGGUCGACAAGGACCCCGAAGCCGCCAGGGCCCUUAAUAUCACCGCGUCCUCCACCCUCGCGCGCCUCGCCGCACAGCACGAUGCAUUCCUCAUCUACAUCUCGACCGACUACGUCUUCCCCGGGCGGCCGGGCGAGGCGCCCUACGCCGCGAGCGCCACGCCCGCUCCCACCAACCUCUACGGGCAGACAAAGCUCGACGGCGAGAAGGCUGUCCUGGAGCACAAAGGCACCGUCGUCCUCAGGGUGCCCGUCCUGUACGGCACUGCUGAGACACCCAGCGAAUCUGCCGUGAACACGCUGCUCGACACGGUCUGGAAGGUCCAGACAGAGGGCGUCUCCGUCAAGAUGGACCACUGGGCCAUCCGCUAUCCCACUAACACCGAGGACGUCGCCCGCGUCUGCCGUGACGUCGCAGACACAUACCUGUCCCACGCUGACGCCGCUUCCCUCCCCAGGAUCCUGCAGUUCUCCAGCGAGGACAAGAUGACAAAGUAUGAGAUCUGCGAGAAGUUUGCCGGCAUCAUGGGCUUGAAACUGGACGGCAUGGAGGCGAACACGGAGGGCAACGACCCCAACGCCGCGGUGCAGAGACCCUACGACUGCCACUUGGACACCAAGGAGUUGAAGGAUCUGGGUAUCAACGUGUCGACAAUGGACUUUGUAGAUUGGUGGAGGAGAGAGGUCAGGGCGUUCCGGAAGUGAAUAGAAUCGGCAAGCCAAGAUCGGGGUCGACUACACCACCGUUGGCACUGCUACACCACCGUUAAGAUUUUUUUGUGGAUCAGGACGACGAGGCGGAGGCGAGAGGCUGCAUGCACUUACUUACCUACCUAGCUGUAUGCACGUUACACAUGUGCCGUAAUCGUAGCUCCUCGAAGAUCAUC